GCACCGGCCGUGAAGAGCAACCCCCCACCUCUCCCUGGGAGAGCCCGCACCCAGGCUGCGUCCGGCACAGGCCCGACGGCCCCCGCCAUGCACCCCACCGAGCCCAGGAGCCCCAGCCCCGAGACGGCGUCCUGGGACUACUCGGGGUCCGGCGCCCUGGAGGAGCUGGAGCCGUGCCUGGCCCCGGACCUGCCCUACGGCUACGCCUACAUCCCCGCGCUCUACCUGGCGGCCUUCGUGGUGGGCCUGCUGGGCAACGCCUUCGUGGUGUGGCUGCUGGCCGCGCGGCCUGGCCCGCGGCGCCUCGUGGACACCUUCGUGCUGCACCUGGCCGCCGCCGACCUGGGCUUCGUGCUCACGCUGCCGCUGUGGGCGGCGGCGGCGGCGAGCGGCGGCCGCUGGCCCUUCGGCGAGGGCCUCUGCAAGCUCAGCGGCUUCGCGCUGGCCGGCACGCGCUGCGCAGGCGCGCUGCUGCUGGCGGGCCUGAGCGUGGACCGCUACCUGGCGGUGGUGAAGCUGCUCGACGCGCGGCCCCUGCGCACCCCGCGCUGCGCGCUGGCCGUCUGCUGCGGCGUGUGGGCCGUGGCGCUCCUGGCCGGCCUGCCCUCCCUGGCCUACCGGGGGCUGCAGCCCCUCCCCGGCGGCGGGGGCAGCCAGUGCGGGGAGGAGCCCUCCGACGCCUUCCAGGGCCUGAGCCUGCUGGUGCUGCUGCUCACCUGCGUGCUGCCCCUGGGCGUCACCCUGGUCUGCUACUGCCGCAUCUCCUGCCGCCUGCGCCGGCCGCCGCACCUGGGCCGGGCCCGGAGGAACUCGCUGCGCAUCAUCUUCGCCGUCGAGAGCGCGUUCGUGGGCUCCUGGCUGCCCUUCGGCGCCCUGCGGGCCGUCUUCCACCUGGCGCGCCUGGGGGCGGUGCCGCUGCCCUGCGGCCUGCUGCUGGCACUGCGCUGGGGCCUCAGCAUCGCCACCUGCCUGGCCUUCGUCAACAGCUGCGCCAACCCGCUCAUCUACCUGCUGCUGGACCGUUCGUUCCGCGCCCGGGCCUGGCGCGGAGUCUGCUUGCGCGCCGACCGCCCGGCGCGCAGGGGCAGCUCGGUGUCCUCGCUCUGCAGGGACGACAGCUCAGUGUUCCGGAGUCCGGCCGGCAGCUGGGAGCGAGCCCGGCCGGCGAACGCUGGCUCGGCAGUGCCGUAGCCGCCCCGGCCCGGUGGAGGUGGCGGCCCCGGAGCCCGCGGGGGGACGAGACCCGCGGGAGUGCGUGGGGGGUGGGGGUGGUGCCGGCUUCCCCAGA